GAAGCUCGUGCGCUGUCGCGUUGUUUUCUCUCAGCACUGGAGCACAGAGCUGAAAAUGAAGCAUCUGCAACCGUGCACAAAAACAUCAAGGCAGUGAAAUGUACGGAUUUAUUAACACGUGUCUGAAGUCUCUGGUGAUUGAUCAAUUCGGAGAGGACACAUGGAAUAAACUCAGGGACAAAGCAGGCGUCCAAGACACCUUCAUGACAUAUGAGGUGUACAAAGAUGACAUCACCUUGCGACUCGUGGCAGAGGCAUGCAAGCUUCUUGAGGUGGAAGCGAGUGCCGUGCUGCGGCAGUUUGGAGAGUACUUCUUCGAGUUCUGUAAAAGAUCAGGAUAUGACCACAUGCUACGCACACUAGGAGGAAACCUCUUUGAGUUUAUAGAAAAUCUGGAUGCACUGCACGGCUACCUCUCGCUCUCAUAUAAGGAAAUGAAUGCACCAUCAUUUCGAGUAGAAAAGAACUGCGAUGGCACCAUGCUCUUGCACUAUUACUCUGACCGCAGUGGGCUCUGUCACAUUGUCCCAGGCAUCAUUGGAGCCGUAGCAAAGGACUUCUUUAACAGCCAAAUAGACAUGAAGAUUGUGAACCAGAUGGAGGAGGUGGAAAGGACAGGAAAGAAAGAGCAUGUUGUUUUUCUUAUAAGCAACAAUCCUGCUUUUUCCAAAAAACUACACAGCAAAAAUCCAUCCAAAAAGCCAUCACAACAUGAUCACGCCUCAGGGUGCAGAAUCAACACAGUGCGUAUGAACGAGCAGGAGUUAGAGCGAUCAAGAGAGAGCAAGAAACUCAUAUACGGUACACGUAGGAAUCACUGGGAGACGGUCAGAAGUUUAGUGCAGCUGGGAAAAGGCAAACUUUUAAGGGGAUUUGAGCCGAUGUACCCAGAUGAACUGUGCAUAGACCUGAAGACAUUCUGCAAUGCCUUCCCAUUUCAUAUUGUGUUUGAUGAACAAUUGAGGGUAAGGCAGGCAGGGGUGACAGUCCAAAAGAUCGUCCCUGGAUUGCAGACCACAGGGAUCCGACUGGAUCAGUAUUUUACCAUUCUGCAUCCCGAGGUCACCUUUACCAUCGCCAGCAUUCGCAAGUUCAUCAACAGCCAUUUUGUCCUGCAGACUCGGAGAGACAUGAUGCCUGAGUACUGGAAAGAGAUGCCCAUGCUUGAGCUCAGAGGUCAGAUGUUGUGGAUGGCCCCUCUGCACUGCAUGUUGUACCAGGCAUCCCCCUUACUGCGCAACCUGCAGGAGCUGGAGGAGAGGCGCAUGUACCUGUCUGAUAUCGCUCCACAUGACGCCACACGCCACCUUAUUUUGCUCAACCAGCAGCGCCUGGCCGAGAUGGAGCUCUCCAGCCAGCUGGAACGCAAGAAGGAACAGCUGCGCCAGCUUUCUCAGCAUCUCGAGCAGGAGAAACAGAAGACGGAGAACCUGCUGUAUGCCAUGCUUCCCAAGCACGUGGCCAAUCAGCUGAAGGAGGGCAAAAGAGUGGAGGCAGGUGAGUUUAAGGAGUGCACCAUCCUCUUCAGUGACGUGGUAACCUUCACCAACAUUUGCUCACAGUGUGAGCCCAUACAAAUCGUCAACAUGCUCAACGCCAUGUACCUGAAAUUUGACCGUCUCACCACUGUUCACAAUGUUUACAAGGUUGAAACAAUAGGUGAUGCCUACAUGGUGGUGGGUGGUGUCCCAAUCCCAGUAUCCAGUCAUGCUGAGCGAGUGGCUAACUUUGCCCUAGGUAUGAUCAUCGCUGCCAAAGAGGUCACCAACCCUGUCACAGGAGGCCCUAUUCAGAUUCGGGUCGGCUUGCACAGUGGUCCAGUGCUAGCGGGUGUUGUUGGAGAGAAGAUGCCACGCUAUUGCCUGUUCGGAGACACUGUAAAUACGGCUUCUCGCAUGGAGAGUCACGGCCUGCCCAACAAAAUCCACCUCAGCCCCAGCGUAUAUCACUCUCUUCGGGACAAAGAGUUCCAGCUAGAGGAACGUGGAGAGAUUGAGGUGAAAGGGAAAGGCAGGAUGCAAACUUAUUUUCUCCUAAAAAACCUCAGAGCUACAGAGAACGAGAUCGUAGGCCGCCUGAUGAGGGAAGCUGGCUCAGGACAAGAGUCUGUUCAGUCCAGUGAAGACUGCAGCACUGAGCUCCUUUCUUUUAGACCAUCUCGAGCUUUUCAGAGCAAAGAAAGACACCACACUGUGGCCAUGAGAUACAGUGACAGUCUAACUGACAACAAGCCUCCAUUUCUGUUUCCUGAAGCCCAGGCCAGCACUAAAUGCCUAACAGGAAACUCAAACUACGGAAGUCUUCACAGUGGAAGCAGGUCUGAAGACGAGCCGUUUGAGGUGAAUGAGGGCGCCGUACGCCGAGGUCCUGACGGAGCUGAACCUCCUCCACCUGCUCCAAACAAAAGGCGCGUUUACAGCAGGUUCUGUGUGGUGACAUAAAACACGCAGUGAGCCCAGGUAGAUACAGUAUUAGCUUUGGUCCUGUCUGAAAGACGCUUCUGUGUGUAGUGAUGUGCACGUUAUCACUGA